AAAGUUUAGAGCUGGACGCUCGCAGGCAGUCGGCGAAGAACCCACACCACUGUGCGCAGUCACUGCGCUACGCUGCGCUUCUCCAAACGGACUGCGUAACGGGAAACAACGCAACCAGGACUGCAGGACGUAUUCAGGUGCAGCUUUUGCAGCACCUUUUUGUUUUGCAGAUAAGACGCGCUGUUGACCUCCCACAGAUGAUUCCCUGUGAUUUUAUGGAUAUUUUUAAUCGAUUGAAGUGCGCAGAGUGGGAUAUAAACCACAGCCACUAAAAGCGCACGGACUCCACGCGCUCCCCUCCUGUUGGACUACACUACAAAGACGCGCUGCGGUUACCAGGGUGACCUGACCUAUCUCUGUGUUUGAGGAAAUAUAAACUGUGAGGCCAGCGACUUAGUGUCGCGUUGACCAUGGCCGGGAUGACGGUGUCGCUCACGGGGGCUGCCUUCCUCCUGCUGGCCGGUUCCCUCUGCCUGGUGCAGGCUUUCAGCGACGAGGUGGAGGAGAUGACCUGCGACCCUAUCCGGAUCAGCAUGUGCCAGGGUCUCGGAUACAACGUCACCAAGAUGCCCAAUUUAGUCGGCAACGUGCUACAGUCGGACGCGGAGCUUCAGCUGACCACGUUCACGCCGCUUAUACAGUACGGCUGCUCCAACCAACUCAAGUUCUUCCUUUGCUCCGUCUAUGUGCCCAUGUGCACCGAUAAGGUGCCUAUCCCCAUCGGUCCAUGUGGUAGCAUGUGUCAAUCUGUCAAGAGGAAAUGCCUCCCAGUACUCCAGGAGUUUGGAUUCAUAUGGCCUGAGGUGCUCAACUGCAGUCUGUUCCCACCUCAAAACGACCACAACCACAUGUGUAUGGAGGGCCCAGGAGACGAGGACUCACCCUACCAGCCCGUCCGUCCUCCUUCCUACCAGGAGGAGUGUCAGGCCCUGGGAUCUGCCCCUGACCAGUACACGUGGCUCAAACAGACCGAAAGCUGCACUCUCCAGUGUGGCUACGACAGUGGACUCUACCGACGGGGGGCCAAAGUCUUCACGGAUGCGUGGAUGGCGGUGUGGGCCGUACUGUGCUUCCUGUCAACCACUCUGACAGUCUUGACCUUCCUGUUGGAUUCCCAGCGUUUCUCCUACCCAGAAAGACCAAUCAUCUUUCUGUCCAUGUGCUGUAAUCUGUACAGUGUUGCAUACCUGGUACGCCUGACUCUGGGGAGGGAACGAGUGUCCUGUGACCUGGAUGCCACCGCGGUACCGAUACUAGUACAGGAAGGGUUGAAGAGCACUGGCUGUGCCAUAGUCUUCCUCCUGCUUUAUUUCUUUGGCAUGGCGUCCUCACUUUGGUGGGUGAUCCUGACACUCACCUGGUUCCUGGCCGCUGGACUGAAGUGGGGCCAUGAGGCUAUUGAGAUGCACAGCUCCUACUUCCACAUAGCAGCCUGGGCCAUUCCAGCAGUUAAAACCAUUGUUAUCCUCAUAAUGAGACUGGUGGAUGCAGAUGACCUGACUGGACUCUGCUAUGUUGGCAACCUGCAGCAGGAGGCGCUCACAGGCUUCGUGGUGGCUCCACUGGCUUCAUACCUUCUCAUUGGCACGCUGUUUAUUUGUGCCGGCCUGGUGGCUCUAUUCAAGAUCCGCUCAAACCUGCAGAAGGACGGUGCCAAGACGGACAAGCUGGAGCGGUUAAUGGUGAAAAUCGGCGUGUUUUCCGUUCUCUACACUGUCCCAGCGUCCACCGUCAUUGGCUGUUACCUCUACCAGCUGUCCAACUGGGGAGAGUUUAAGGCCAACACCAGGGAUUCAUAUGUGGCAUCAGAGAUGCUUCGAAUCUUCAUGUCACUGCUCGUGGGAAUCACGUCAGGCAUGUGGAUCUGGUCAGCAAAAACACUCCAUACCUGGCAACGCUGCUCUGCCCGGCUGAUCCGGGACAGCAGGGGAACCCGAGCGGGUAAGCGGGUACCAGGGGAGGGCUGGAUCAAACCAGGCAAAGGGAAUGAAACAGUGGUGUGAGAAGGAACGAGAGAAUGGACAGGAAUGGACUUCUACCUGCUUCUCUCUCACUUUAAUAAACGUUCCGCCUGCCUUCGUCCUGCAGUAUCAAGUGGGAACAGGACGAGAGGGAGAUUGAUAAUGUGAUACAGGAGUGCAGCAGGAGAUUUCUCAUGAAAAGCCACUGGAUGUGACGACAUCAGAGAAGAUUGCAAGAGUCCAAAAGCAUGCCUCACCCUCACUGGCAGACUCUGGAGUUAAGGAGAAAAGAGGACUGAGUCACACAAAUUGCAACAACAGCCUCUCUGCCUCAGAUACACUCAACUGCCCAGAGAUAAAGAAAGCAAAAAAAAGUGAAGGAGAAAGAGAGACGGACAAGGCAGAAGAGAAGCAUCAAUAUGCAGACCAGACACAUCAAUAAGCUUUGUAGCACCACGUCUACCUCUGUCUCUCUUUCCUCCAGAGCCCACAGCAGAAGAGAGUGAAGCUGCUGGAUACAGUAAACCCUUAGGCCUUUGUGUGUUUAUAGGGUCUUAUGAAUUUUUAAAUGUUACACUGGAGGGUCUCGGUGCAGAUCUUACACAAAUAGAGACUGGAGUUUCCCAGAAGUGUCUGACACCCUUGAGAACCCGUGCCAAAAUCAAAAUGGACAAUGAAAUGCCAGACAAAAUAUGAUGAAAAUCUGAAAUAUUCUCUCUGCCUGCAACGGACUCACAUUCGAACAACAUUCUUCAUUUUGUUCAUUAUUGUACAUUAUGAAACGACAGGUAUUGUUGCUCAGAAUUGUUUCUUUGGGGGGGGGGGACCAGCUCUAAGCUGUAAUAAUGCACUAAAAAUAUAUACAAUAUGUGAAUUGCCUGUACUUGGUCUUAAGUGCAUUACCUGGGCCGGCAGGGGUGGGACAUAUUACAAUUAUGGCAAAGUCCAUAUCAUAUGCACAGAGCCAUUAACAUGGACAUUUUGGUCCAUUUCUAUACAUCAAAAAGACAUGUAGUUUAUUGUUCAAUUUGUUAAAACACAUUCUAAAAUCAUAAGAGAUGUGUCAGCUGGGAUUGGCACCAGCAACCCUCAUGUGGAGGAUUGAUAAUGUUAUGAAGGCAUGGUCGUUUAGUCUGCCUUUGCUAUUUCAUUUAAGUCUGGUAGAUAUGAAGUCAAACCACAAUGAAUCCUGGGAAUACCCCACUUGUGCCUUUUUUUGACCCACAUAUGCGGAGGCGUUGAUGCGCCUGGGAAAUGUAGGCCUGCGUUACCACAGCUCAGCUAAGUUUGCCUCUGAGGAAUGACCACCAAAUCCAGGAAAUUCAAUUAUUCUCUUUCCAAAGAUCAGGCCCGAGGCAGGUUAAAGAAUGACAGGUUAUGAGACAAUCACUUACCAAAAGACACAUUAUGCAGUUACAGCUUUCACACGUACAAACCUAUGCAGGGACACACAGGAAUCAAAUCCCCUGAAUCUCACCGCCUUAGAUAUGAACAUUAUCCAAAAAAAAAUGAGUGACUACCUGUCAAAUUUUGUCUGAUCACCUGAGUAACUUCACCACAGAAGCAAAUUGAAGUUGGCACCGUCUUUAGACGAGUCUGCUCUGCUUGCAUACUUGUGUGUGUCUGGCUGUUUCUCUCUUUGGCCCACUACAUGCCUGUUUCUCUUUAACCUCGUCUGCUGCAUCAUGGCUCAUUUCCCAGACGAUCAUGUCAUCCAUGUAAAGGAUUACCGUUUGUUUUAUUUUAGAAUCUCGUGGAUGGUAGGAGGUGACGUUCUGAUUCGCUUUAUCUUGCACCACGUUUUGAGAUAAAGGGCCUUUUCCACCUUUUUUAAUUUCAGUUCUUUUGUAACUUUGCUGACUUUUUUUUUUUUUACGUCUUAUCGCCGCAUUUGCCAAAUUCUGCAUCUGCUCCUGUGCACUGUAUAUUUGCCUGACAAUCUAAUAAGCAAAGCUCUUGUAUUUCAGUGAUCCUUUGAAUGUAUACUGUGUGGGAUUGUGUGUCAAAUGUUGCCUACAUCUGAGUAAACAAAGUUGGUUCUGAGCAAUUUUAAUGUAUGAGGGAUUGAAUAAGUUGGAUCUUUGCCUUUGUGCGUCUCAUAUGAAACCAGUUAGUGCCUCGAACAGCCUGCCAUAGGUAUUUUUGAAGUGAAACCUUUAGAACCUUUUUUUUUUUUUACUCAAUAUGUUAAAUGCAACCUCAUUGCAUUCAAAUAUGCUUUCAGUGGUAAAACCUAAUAUCAUGAAAAAUCAGUCUUUCCCGAGCCAGCAUACCACGGCACACUUAUAUUUCCAAAGUCAAACAAACAUGACAGAGUCAAAGUGAAUUCAAUUAUCCUGUGAAGACCUCCCUCUGAGCUAAUGCAGUUUUCCCCCUCAAACAUGAUCACACUGAGCUUCAGUAAGACAUUUCCAUACAAUCACUAUUUAGUUGUGCCUCAAAUUGUGCCAACCAAAACAAAAGUGUGUGUGCCACUGCCUAAUGACGAAGGAGAACCACUGGUAACAUGGACUUGACAUGAUUUGUAAGAAGCCAGCAUAUGAAUUGUCAAGUCAUUUCGCCGACAACGAUCGCAGCCUUUAAGGUCUGGACUGUUCAUUUUUGUAGAUAAGUCAUUGCGUUGAUGAAGUAAACAUGUGUUCAAAAGAAAUUGUUAAUUUAUCCUUGUACAAAAUGACAAAACAUUUUUAAAACUUGUUAUUUAAAAAAAAAAAAACUUUUGUAUCAGAAGAUGAAUAAAAGCUUUUUGUUUCCAA